AUGGACAGUAGCAACGUGCUCGACGUGCCUCCGGACUCGUCCGCUCACCACCAGCAGCAGCACCAGUUAAUGAACUAUAGCGUCAAUGAAGACAGUAAUCGCAAUGACGGCAAGUUCUUUACACUCAGUAGCACAAGCGGCACCAGCAUGACCGGUAAAGCGUCUCAAGUUGCCACGCCGUUUGUCUACGGGACGCCAGUGGACAAGAACUACAAGACGUGGCCGUUCGUCACAGUCGCUGCGUGUGCAGCAAUGGUGCUUUUUACCAUGAUCUACCACGAGUUACCAGAGUACCGGACGGGGUUACGCUACCAGCUCUAUGCUGCAUUUGGCUCACAAGAGGUCGAGGGGCAAUGGGUUGGUGGACGGCGUGAAGUGGUCGAGUUCCUGGUCAAUUACGUCCUGAUUGGACUGCCGUUCAUGAUUGGCGGCAUGGCUCUUGCUCUAGGCAAUGCCUUGCCACCUGUACCCACAGGAGCUCAUCGUACAGCUAUGCGGUUUUUGAAGCGCAAGAUGCUCGUUGGCAGCGUCAACAUGUCGUACGCUGAGUCCAUGUGCACGCUCGUGUUUCUAGGUUUGAACGCCAUUUGGUUUGCUGCGGUCUUGUCACGGAAUUACAGGCUUCUUGCCAAGGCGAAAGUGACGGAUGGAGCGUCCGUCUUCCGACUCGUGGGGACAGUGCUUGGCUUCAAUGCCGUGCUCUGUUUCUCGCUGCUGCUUAUCCCUGCAACGCGGAAUUCCUUCUGGAUGCUUUCGAUGGGGAUCGACUACUCCCAUGCGAUCAAGUACCAUCGCUGGAUCGGGUUCUUUACUGUUGUCGUCGUGAUGCUGCAUGCGAUCCCGCACUAUUACGUGUGGAUCAAAAGCGGUACGUUCAUCGAGUCGGCAUUUCCUUGCAUGGACUGUGACUUUGCCACGGUCGGUAAGAGGCGUUUCGAGAACUUUUGCGGUCAAUUAGCACUGCUCAGCUGUGUCAUCAUUGGCGUGACGUCGCUUGGCCCGAUCCGCCGCAGGUACUAUGCAGUGUUCUACUACUGCCACCACCUCUUCAUCUUCGUGAUUUUCUUCGGAGCACUGCACUUUUCACGCCUUGUCAUCUGGAUGUACCCGGCAGUCUGUCUCUAUGUCAUGCACCGCAUCUUGGCUCGAAGCCAAAGUCGCAUGCCAUGUGAGGUUGUGGAUCUUGAAGCUAUUCCUGGUGAGAUCACGCGGUUGGUGUUCCGCCGUUCCCCAGGCAAGUCAGGUCAUUACCAUGCUGGCCAGUUUGUUUACCUGCGGAUUCCACUCCUGUCGCAUACGCAGUGGCAUCCGUUCAGUAUCAGCUCGUCCCCGAUCGAGUACGAGGACACGUUUACCGUGCACGUAAAGUGCGUGGGCAAUUGGACCAAGUCAUUGUACGCUGUUGCUAUCCAGGCACGUGAAGAACGGAAGAUGCCGCUUGUGUACGUCGAUGGCUUUUACGGCAAGAUGUCGGACGACUUUCAGCACUACCCUGCUCUCGUGUUUGUAGCUGGCGGGAUCGGUGCUACACCGAUCAUUAGCAUUAUGGGCAAGAUCCUGGAUUGUAUGCGCAACAACGACCCAAACAUGGAGUUCACGCAGGUUUACUUCCACUGGACGUCUCGUGAACUCGGCAUUUUCCACGAAUUUGAGCCCUUGCUGGACGCUAUCGAGCAGUACGAUCCAAACCAUGUCAAGGUCAAAGUCUGUCUCUACUUCACUGGUGACCAGCAUCUAGGUCGUGUGGACGUUCCCAACGGAAUUGCACUGAAGCCUAUGGACGACACUAGCAUGGUCCCCACGCGGCCAUUCUUCCAGUCAUCCCGGUCAGUGCCCCGUCAGAUGUUGCUGUUUUUCGUGACGUUCACGUGCAGCUUCUGGUGUCUGUUUCUCAUUCGGUAUGACUACCCGAUUCUGGGUCCUCUGCGCGUCAACCAGCACCUGUGGCCGAUCCAACGCGUGGUUGAAGUCCUCAUUAUGAUUGCAGGGGCUAGUGUCGGCUGGCUCGUGGUCUCCACGGAGCCAACCCCUCGAUCAAUGAGCCGGUUGGAAAAGUCACGGUUGAUGCCAACAAUCGGCAGCUACGCGCCUGGCGAGACGAUGACACAUUUUAACCGCUCGUCCGAGUUCUCGCGCUCGCACUUGACGGACGGACAGGAACUCGUGUUCCGCCACCCUGUCCAUCGCUUGCGACUGGACGUGAAGCAGCUCUUUAACGAGGUGGUUCAGGAACAAGCUUACAACUUUGUGAUCAAUAUUACCGGCAUCGGGACGUGGGUAUCAGGUCCAUCGGGUCUCAUCCGAUCCGUGGAGAUCGAAGCCUCCAACUUCGCAGGCAUCUUCGAUGUGCAUUAUGAGCAGUUUGAGAUGUAG